AUUAAUAAAAGCUUGAAUGCUUCAACUCAAUGCUCAAUAGCAAACCAAAAAUGAACUUGUUAUACAGUCUUCUUCCCUUACUAUUUCUAUGCAUUUGCAGGGCAGUAGAUCCUUUGGGGCAGUUCUGCAAUGAGGACACCAACAUAGGUAGCAAUAGCAAGAUAUCAGCAAACAUUGAUAACUUGUUGGCUGAAGUGGUCACAAAAGCUGCCUCAACUGCGUAUAUUGCUACCUCCUACGGGAAUGAUCCUGAUGAAGUCUAUGGCCUCGCUCAGUGCAGAGGAGAUGUAAGCAGUAAAGACUGUUCCAGUUGCAUACAAGAUGCGGCAAAGCAAAUCCGUGAACGUUGUCCUAACCAGGCUGAUGCAAGGAUAUGGUAUGACUUCUGCUUUCUACGGUAUAACAAAGUAAAUUUUAUAGGAGAAGUUGACACAUCUUUAGGUAUAUUAUACCGCAAUGUUGACAAUGUUACCGAUCCUGAAAACUUUAAUCCUCAACUCGGAGCUCUGAUGGAUAAAAUUAGAUCAGAAGCUGUGAUGCCUGAGAAUGAAGGGCUUGGGAAAGGCAAGACUAAACUGUCACCAUUUGUGACGCUUUAUGCAUUGGUGCAGUGCACUAGGGAUCUGUCUCAGAUAGAUUGUGCUCAGUGCUUGGCUAUUGCAGUUGGGAAUUUCCCAAAUUUCUGCAUCAACAGCAAGGGAUGCCGCGUCCUGUAUAGUAGUUGUUAUGUCCGGUAUGAGCUCUAUCCAUUUUUCUUUCCACUAGAUCCAAAUGAUACUUCAUCUGCAACUACUGAGGUGAUGGUGUUGUAUCCAUAGAUUUGAAAAGCAGAAUGCUAUAUAUCCCAAAAUGAGUUUCUUUAAAUGAUUCACGAAUAAUUUCAUUUCAUUUAU